AUGGUGGAAAAGAUUGCGUCUCCAUACGGGAAUACCCGUGAAAAUCUCCGACGGACGUUACAGCGAAAUCAACGAAGAGGCCUCAAUCCAGACUCCUCUCGCCCUCGGUUGACGGGCAAAACUAGAAAGAAUCGCGUCAAAGCCGAACCUCCCUCACCGGAGCAAGAAGAGUCUGCGUUGACCACGAAGGAAUUGAAGCUACCUGUUCAAACUAUUCCCAGGAAAAGGCUUUCCUGCACAGAGCCUAUUAGUACACUUGUCUUCAUGGAUCUGGCCAGCACUCAUAUAUUCCCCGGCUACAGUGAAGCUCAGCUGCGAAUUACUCCACAGCUCCUAUACGAACCUGCCCGAUCGCAACCAUCCGACUUUCCACGUAUCACGGAAAUGUCGUUUUUGAGUGUUCCACGCGAUGUCUUCGUACGGGGUCAGAAGACUAUACAAAGUUUAAUUCAGGAGGCCCCCGAACAAUCGUUUGUCCUUCGGCUUUCAGCGAACGUCCGUACCUGUCAAGUGAAUCCACAGUUGUCCGAAAAGCAGUGGCAGGAAUGUCAGAGCACUAAAGCCAGUGAUAGCACGGUAGUUCGUCGUGCUCGUCAUGAUCUUGAGUUGAAAAGAACUUUUGCACAAGAAUGGCCAUCGAUGAGGAAAUUCUUAGAAGAUUGUGCCAAGCCUGUCUGUUUAAUCGCUCACAAUGGUAUGUUCUUCGAUUUUCGAACUCUUUAUGGAGAAUUGAUUCGAUGCGGAUUCAUAGAAAAAGGCAUGGGUAUACCAAAAGGAGUGGUUUUUGUGGACUCUACUUUGGCCAUUCGCGAGAUAGAAAACAUUUAUUGUAAAGAAGUGUCUGAAGCCACCAAGAAAUUGGCAGCAGAAAAAGUUCUUCAAGAGGCUGCGGCCCUUAAAGAAGCAAGUGGAGGUACAAGAGAAGAAGUAAAAGUGCAUUCAAGAGCUUCUCUGGACGAGCAUCCGCUCAGUGUCUUCAGCGUUCAACUUUGGCCUGCUGCAAAAAUGAGGCGUAUUCGUCCAGAAUUUUUCAGACAAGAUGGUCGAGGUCGUUGGGAAUUCAAUAUGACUGCUGCUAAAAAUGGCUUGAAAGACGAUUUGUCUGUGCUGUAUGAGUCGGUGGUGAAAACGCCUUACUUGUCUCAUUUUACACAAGAUGAUGCCGAGGCUCUAAUGCAGUUGGGUGCAAAAAGCGGUUCCGUGCACAUUACCGCGAUGUCUUCUCGUGGUCGCAGCACGAAGAUGACUGCUCAAACGUCGGUUAGGCAAAGUUGCACAAUCAUGGCAGCGUUUGAACGGCAAACAAGAAAGAAGGAUUGCCCCGUGUGUAAACAAUCCGUACUCUUGACUCUGUACAGAGCCCAUUUGGAUAGAUGCCAGCUGACGUCAAACGAUAGCGAUUGCGAGAUUAUCAGUGUCUUGACUGGUGCUGAAAGCCGUGCUCUUCAUGCUGGACCGUCUAUAGUGAUAGACGAUGAAGAGGUGGAUAUUAAAGCAGAUACUUGCAUCGAAGCCUCGUCAACUACCAGUGCGUUACGAGUGGAACAGAGAAGGAGUGAGCGAAUAAAAGUUCGUGAGGAGACCACUGAUGAAGUGACAAUCCUCAAAGUAGAACAGAUUGACCAUUCCAAUGAAGAUCCCGAAAACCGUCCACCUGACAAGAAGAGAUUUCAUUAUUCAAGUGAGGAGCAUGGCAUCAUUUCGAAGAAGCGAAGUAAAAGGCCGUCUCGUUGCUCUCCUACACUUGAUGAUCGGUCUUUGAUGGAAACGAACACCGAAAAACACCUUGUUCCCGAUCAGAUGGAGAGGAAGCUUGUCAGUGCUGAUGAAAUUGUCAGAAAAAUCGAGCAGAUUCUGUCCAACUCAUCUUCGAAUCCUUCGCCUCAUAAGGCCGACGAUGAAGUGGACCAGAGUAGUCAAACUAUGGAGUACAAAAGGAUACCUUACAUUGUGAAGUUCACCCUUCUAAUGAUGCGACGGGUGCUUCUUGCUGUGAAAUCGGAUGGAACACGUUAUGAUGAAUCAUUUCUCGAUCUUUCUCGCAAUGCCCGUGAACUUUUUAUGAGAUUACAUCUGAGGAAGUCAUGGUGGUUGACCGUGGAUAAAUUGAAAGAAAGAUAUGCUGAGUUAUCCAACGACAUGGAAUCCGCCCUGGUGCAGCUGGUUGAUAAUGGCUUUGUUGACAGCGACAGGAGUCUGGUGAGCCUCGAAGAAGCGCUGAAGGUGGCUCCAUUGCCAGUUUUGAAAUCCGUUGCAAAAAUCUACCAGCUCGAUACGACAAAGGGGAAAAUUGAACUGAGUACGACGUUGACGACUUUCUCUGCGAAGCAGAAGGGGCUUUUCGGACAAGUGGGUACUGUAGCAGUUGCGAUGCUCAGAACGAUCAAAAAAGAACUGGGUCCUUGCUAUCGUGUGAACCAAAAAGCCAGUGAACUUUUC